AUGGCCAGCCCUAGUUUCAAGUGUCUCGAUAGACCACAAGGGAGAUGGUGUGUUAAGGCAUUCUACGGGAACAACAACCAUGACGCCACAGAAGCCGCCUGCCAAGCUCAGGGAGCCAAGCUUUCUGGAUUUCAAACUGCCGAUUAAUCAAUGCGAGCUACACGUAAAGCCUUAAAAUCCGCAGUUAUUCCAGAAAAUUCUCAGUUUCCAGACCUCCUCAGAGCCCUAUCCCCCGGCGCUAACACAAUAGCCUGGGUCGGUGGGAUCAGAAAAGCCAGUUGCCCAACUGUUCAGUCUUGUACCCCGGCUAACAGUUAUCAAUGGACAGAUGGCCAUACAAAUGGCACCGCUGGCUUCACUUUUGCCGUUAAUCAGCCUGAUAUUCAUAGCGGAGUACAAUUCUGUCUGACCCAACAUGUACAUGGCCAAGUCGACUGGGGCCUCACUUCUGCUCAAUGGCACUUUUUCAAUGGGAACUUGGAUGAUGUGGAUUGCAGGAUGGCACAUAAUACGUACUUGUGUGGAAAAGUUCCGAAAUGA